GGAUGCCCAUUCCUAAAUGGAUUGGCAACCACCGUUUGCAUGUGACGUUGAUAAACUUCACUUUACUCCACGGAUACAGAGGCUGAACGAAUUGGAGGCUCAGACUCGUGUAAAACUGAAUUUUCUGGACCAGAUUGCAAAGUUUUGGGAGCUCCAAGGAUGUACACUGAAAAUACCACAUGUAGAGAGGAAGAUCUUGGAUUUAUUUCAACUUAAUAGGCUAGUGGCAGAAGAAGGGGGAUUUGAUAAAGUCUGUAAGGAGAGGAAAUGGACCAAAAUAGCCACAAGAAUGGGUUUUGCUCCUGGCAAGGCUGUGGGUUCACACAUCCGUGCACAUUAUGAGCGUAUUCUUUAUCCCUACAACUUAUUCCAGUCUGGAGCUAGUCUACUGGCACCUGACAUUUGUUCCAAACUGAUGUGUUUAGUGGAUCAUGCAGUUCUGAAAAAGUGUUUGCAGAAGCCUGACCUCACCAAUGAUACAAAGGACAAGGAAUACAAACCUCAUGAUAUUCCCCAGAGGCAAUCUGUUCAGCCAUCUGAAACUUGCCCACCUGCACGUCGUGCAAAACGCCUGAGAGCCGAGGCUACUAAUAUCAAAACUGAAUCUGAGACUCCAGAAGCCAGAACUCAUAACUUGAGACGCAGAAUGGGAUGUACACCUUCAAAGUGUGAAAAUGAAAAGGAAAUACACAGCACAGUGAAACGAGAACUUGCUGAGAAGAGAGAACACAUUGGAGACAUGGAGCAAGAGAAACCCAAAAGCCGCUCUAAAAAACCCACUAGUUCAAUUAUUAGAAAGAUACAUGGGCCCAAGGUGGACUUGUAUGUAUGUCUCUUGUGUGGUAGUGGUAAUGAUGAAGACCGUCUUCUGUUGUGUGACGGCUGUGAUGACAGUUACCACACCUUUUGUUUAAUUCCACCCCUUCAUGAUGUUCCCAAAGGGGACUGGAGGUGUCCCCAGUGUCUGGCUCAGGAGUGUAAUAAACCGCAAGAAGCAUUUGGUUUUGAACAAGCAGCAAGAGACUACACACUCCGCACAUUUGGAGAGAUGGCAGAUGCAUUCAAGUCAGACUAUUUUAACAUGCCUGUACAUAUGGUUCCCACAGAGCUGGUUGAAAAAGAGUUUUGGCGGCUUGUUAGCACCAUUGAAGAGGAUGUCACAGUGGAAUAUGGGGCUGACAUUGCUUCAAAGGAGUUUGGCAGUGGCUUUCCAGUUAGAGAUGGGAAAUUUAAAGUUCGGCCUGAAGAAGAAGAGUAUCUUGAUAGUGGCUGGAAUUUGAACAAUAUGCCUGUGAUGGAGCAGUCUGUCCUUGCUCACAUCACUGCAGAUAUAUGUGGAAUGAAAUUACCUUGGCUAUAUGUAGGAAUGUGCUUUUCUUCAUUUUGCUGGCAUAUUGAAGACCACUGGAGCUAUUCCAUCAACUACCUGCACUGGGGGGAGCCUAAGACUUGGUAUGGAGCCCCAGGAUAUGCAGCUGAACAACUGGAAGAUGUAAUGAAGAAGUUGGCUCCUGAGCUAUUUGAGUCUCAACCAGAUCUUUUGCACCAACUUGUCACCAUUAUGAACCCAAAUACGCUGAUGGCCCACGGAGUGCCUGUAUGUCAUUGAAUUUCUGUGCCUACUGUCCUUUCUCCCUCUC